GGCGUCGCUGGCGCAUGCGCGGGGCGGCUCUCCUUGCCGCUGCGCCGAGGGCGAGCGCAGGCCUCAAGGAGAGGGACGAGGAGGGUCGCCGGCGUCGCCGCCGCCGCCAUGUUCUUGUGCGCUCCCCUCCGGGCCGCCGCGGCACGCUCGAUAAGACAAAUCCGACACUUGCAUAGAUCAGCUGUGUGCAAUGCCAGUGGAGCCUUAUUCGUGCACAGAGACAGUCCUGAAAAUAAUCCAGAUACUCCAUUUGAGUUCACACCUGAAAACCAGAAGCGAAUAGAAGUAAUCAUAAACAACUAUCCAGGGGGACACAAAUCUGCAGCUGUGAUGGCAGUACUAGAUCUGGCCCAGCGACAACAUGGAUGGUUGCCUAUAUCAGCUAUGAACAAGGUUGCUGAAAUUUUAGAAAUGCCUCCCAUGAGAGUGUAUGAAGUAGCAACCUUCUAUACAAUGUAUAAUCGUAAACCUGUUGGGAAGUACCAUAUUCAGGUCUGCACUACCACGCCUUGCAUGCUGAGAGACUCUGAUAGUAUUUUAGAAGCCAUUAAGAAGAAACUUGGUAUAAAAGUUGGGGAAACAACACCUGAUAAACUCUUCACACUGAUAGAAGUGGAAUGUUUAGGUGCUUGUGUUAAUGCCCCAAUGGUACAAAUAAAUGACAAUUAUUAUGAAGAUUUGACACCCAAAGAUAUUGAAGACAUAAUUGAUGAACUAAAGGCAGGCAGAGUUCCCAAACCUGGUCCAAGGAGUGGACGUUUUUCUUGUGAGCCAGCUGGUGGCCUGACUUCUCUGACUGAACCACCCAAAGGACCAGGGUUUGGAGUUCGAGCUGACCUUUAAGAUUUUUUUUUAAUAUAUGAUAAACUCUGAAAAUAAUAAAGAAACUUUAAUCUCAGUAAAA